AUGGAAUGGAAAAUUUCUUCUGAACACGUAGAACAAAUUGAAAGAGAAACGGAAGCAAGAAGACGUAAAACCAUCAUUAAUUCCACACAAUGUUUCACAUUAAGCAUAUUCACAGUAAUAAACGUCGUUGCGAAGCCUUCCACCAUUCAUUGCAGUUUUAAAGACUCUUUAAAAAGAACUUUACACAACAAUGACUUUAAUUUUCACUCUUCCACUUUUCCUGACUACGAACGUUUAGCAUAG